AGAAAAACAGGGGUGCAGCGAGUCUAGCGACUAAAAAAAAGCUUGAAACGGCUGUACUCUAGCGAUUAGUUGGGGAAUCUGGCGGCGAAGAGCCGAGGCUGGGACCGAAAGGCAGCGACUCGGCAAGAAUCGCUCAGGCCGGUCGGGGAGAUCAAGGCGAGAGGCUGGUGAAUCGCUCAAGGCAGUCCGUAGCAAACUGAUUGCUGAAUUCCGGAAGUCUACGGCAGCAGCAAACUUUCAUUAACAGGAAGGGUUGCUUGGGGAAUCAAAACAAGACUUUUCAAAGAGAAAUGCGAAACACCGCUGUUGAUUCGAGUUUGCACCGCACUUUCAAAUACUUAUUAGCUACACAAUUUCUGUCAAGGGGAAUCCCGUUCGUAUUCAAUUCCUGGAUUGUUAGACAUCUCUCAGAAGAAGAUUAUGCGAAGUGGAUAUGUAUGUAAGCAUCGUGAGUUUUUUUGCGGAAAUGAAAAAGAGGCAUUAUUGAUAGACAUUCCUAUGUGGCACACGUCUAUUUGGUUGAUGAUCACAUAACUGUUUUUUCAUUACCCAAUGAAUGUGUUGCAAAUAAGAAUGUUUGUGCUGUACAAUUCCAUCUGUUUGUGACUUGCAUAUUGUUUUUAAGUAGAGAGGGAUUCAGGCGAGCUUGCAUGAGGGAAGAUAUCACAUGUGAUGGUGCUUCAGCAGCAGGAGAAACUGAAGCUAAGCUUUUGAAAGUCGCCUGGAUGACCUUCCCAUUAGGGGUACUGGUCACAUUUUUUGCUUGUUUGAUUGUAUUCUGGUGGCAAGAUCUAGGUUAUUCCAGUCCUUAUGGACGAGCUAUCUUGAUUAAUGGUAAGAAGCUAAUAACACUAUCACAUGCUUCGCGAAAUUAAUUAUCCUAGCAUAUUAACACAUAAGCUGUCUUACGGGUUGUGGAUUGUUAGAAUUGUACAAAGUUAAUAAAGGUAAUUCUGAAUUCGGAAGGCAUUUUUGGGGAAAAACUAAAAUAAAUAUUGCGGGAGUGACAGCUCAACUUUUAACGGCACUAAGAGUCCAAGAGGUAAACUAAAAUAUUUUGGUCCCUUUUCCUUUAUGCCUUUAUUGAUGUUGCCAUUUAAUUGUUGUCUGUGUCAUCUGUUGGUGUUGUAUUAUUGUUCAAAGGUUUUUACUAUAAGCAUAAGCACUUGACCUUAUUCAUUAAUAAUUGAUUGUGGGGAGCGGAUUGUUGACUAUGGGUUUGCAUGCGUGCUCUUUACCUUCUGAUCAUAUUUUCUGGUGGAGAAAGAGAAGGUUUUGCAUGCAUUCUUGAGCUACUGGCAGAACCAUUCUUUAUUUUGGCCCAAAAAUUGGCUCUUCUCAAAUUGCGGCUGAUUGUUGAAACUGCUGCCACUCUUUCACGUUGUAUAGUAACAUAUGCUCUCAUCCUGAAGCAACCAAGCUCGGAGAAAGCAAUUGUAUUUUCAAUGUCACAGGUUGCGUAUGGAGCAUCUAUUUUCAUAGGCUACUGGGCGUACUUUCUUUUGUGCCAAUUAUACACAACUCGUGUUCUAUUUCCGUUCAGGAUAGGAAAUACAAUAAGCUAUGAUCAACGGCUUGUGAACAUGUGCAUGAUACUUAAUCUUCAAUCCGUUCAGAAGUUGAUUCUUCAGGAAGGUGAAAAGAUGGUCCUUGUAUGGUUUGAUACACCGUAUAACCAAGCAGUAUACGGACUUGUAGACAAACUAGGGAGCCUAGUGGUGAGGCUGAUUUUUCUUCCCUUUGAAGAAAGCUCAUAUGCAACGUUUGCAAGGUCUGCAUCAGGAGAUCAAGAACGGAAAAAGGAGAAACUGGGAAGGAGUCUAACAGAUGCACUGAAGCUUGUUUUGCUUAUUGGUCUAGUUGUUAUUGCAUUUGGUCCAAGCUAUUCGUAUUCCCUCAUCAGAUUGCUGUAUGGUAGAAAAUGGAGCGAUGGAGAAGCUACCAAAGUACUCCAAUGUUAUUGCCUUUAUGUGAUCGUUUUGGCCAUGAAUGGGACGUCUGAAGCAUUUCUACAGGCAGUUGCAACAAAGAAAGAACUUAAACGAUCAAAUGGUUCAUUGCUUGCCUUCUCAUUGAUAUAUGUGAUCAUGAACGUCUUGCUUAUCAGAUCAGCAGGCGCAAUUGGAUUGAUUUUAGCAAACUCUCUGAAUAUGAUCUUCAGGAUAGUUUACUCAGCGGUUUUCAUCAAAAAGUAUUUCAAGGAAUCAUCAUCCUUUGCGUUUAGAGCUUGCAUGCCCGGAGGUUAUGAAUUUGUGUUGGUUUCAGGAGUAGCCACCUUCAUAGUUGAAAAGAUGUACCUUAACCGAGACAGCUUCUCGGCCACCUUCACCGUUCACUUCUCAUUUGGUUUAUUCUGUUUUCUUGUGGCCGCUUUCAUAAUCUAUCAAAAGGAGAGGCCUUUCAUCUUGAAAAUUAUACGCUUCCGCGAACAUGCUGAUUGAAUGUGCUAAAGAAUUACAUCUUGGUCAAUAAGCUUCGUGAAAAGUUUUGCUCUAUUUCAAGAACAAGGAAUCAUAAGCACUAGGUAACAUAAUUUUUACAUUAAUUGCUGUAAUCUGUAAUCCAUCAUUUCCACAUGAAAUUAUUCUCUAAUGAUAUGAAGAUUACGGGCAUUUAUGGUAUACUAUGCUUGUUACCAGAUGUUCACCCCACACUUUUUUAAUUGAUUUGCCUUCCACACAAUUAUGUCACGAAAUUUGUACAACCAUAUGUUUUAUUUUCAAUCCUCUUGAGUGUUGAACCUA